ACAUCUCUCACCAACAUGCGGGAAUGUGACUCUCGUGGACAUAAAGAACUUGCUUUUUUAUUUUAAAUCUGGAAAAAUUAACAGGUCUAUCGACGCAAUCGUAGAGUCUCCAAUCCCCUGAUAAGGAAUAUAUAUUCGUAGCUGCUUCUGAUCAACUAAAGAUGUCUAUAUUGCCUUUCACGCCCCCGAUCGUGAAGAGGCUGCUGGGCUGGAAGAAGGGCGAGCAGAACGGACAGGAGGAGAAAUGGUGCGAGAAGGCGGUGAAGAGUCUGGUGAAGAAGUUGAAGAAGACCGGACAGCUGGAGGAGUUGGAGAAGGCCAUCACCACCCAGAAUAUCAACACCAAAUGCAUCACCAUACCAAGGUCUCUGGAUGGCCGUUUGCAGGUAUCUCACAAAAAAGGCCUCCCUCAUGUAAUCUACUGCCGUCUAUGGCGCUGGCCCGACCUGCAGUCCCACCACGAACUGCGUGCUGUAGAAAUGUGUGAGUUUGCCUUCCACACGAAAAAGGACGAGGUCUGUGUGAACCCUUACCACUACCAGCGUGUAGAAACUCCAGUUUUGCCUCCAGUCCUGGUUCCUCGGCAUGCUGACAUCCCCACAGACUUCCCUCCACUAGAUGAUUACUCCAUCCCAGAGAACACCAUAUUCCCAGCGGGCAUUGAGCCUCCCAGCAACUAUAUACCGGAGACCCCUCCUCCAGGAUACCUGAGUGAGGAUGGGGAAACCAGUGACCACCAAAUGAGCCACAGCAUGGACACAGGUUCUCCAACGCUUUCGCCUAACCCUGUUUCUCCGGCAAACAGCAACCUAGAUCUGCAGCCGGUAACAUAUUGUGAAUCUGCAUUUUGGUGCUCGAUUUCAUACUACGAGCUGAAUCAGCGUGUCGGUGAGACUUUCCAUGCCUCACAACCAUCUUUAACCGUGGAUGGCUUUACGGACCCCUCUAACGCAGAGCGCUUCUGCCUGGGCCUGCUCUCCAAUGUCAAUCGCAAUGCUGCUGUGGAGCUGACGCGCAGACACAUUGGCCGAGGCGUGCGUUUGUAUUACAUCGGCGGUGAGGUGUUUGCUGAGUGUCUGAGUGACAGUGCUAUUUUCGUCCAGAGUCCGAACUGUAACCAGCGGUAUGGCUGGCACCCUGCCACUGUGUGUAAGAUUCCUCCAGGGUGUAAUCUGAAGAUCUUCAACAAUCAGGAAUUUGCAGCACUGUUGGCCCAAUCAGUGAAUCAGGGAUUUGAGGCUGUGUACCAGCUUACCCGCAUGUGCACCAUUCGGAUGAGUUUUGUCAAGGGGUGGGGGGCAGAAUACAGGCGACAGACAGUGACCAGCACCCCCUGCUGGAUAGAGCUGCAUCUCAACGGGCCCCUGCAGUGGCUGGACAAGGUGCUCACUCAGAUGGGCUCUCCAAACCUCCGCUGCUCCAGCGUGUCAUAGGACAAACCCUCUGAUUAUUUCAUACAGCCACACCCAUAUUACCACAACCAGGAAUCACCCUCUAUUGCUGCUGAAUGCCAAGCAAACAAUUAGAGCAAAAUCAAGAAUUGGAAGGGAAAACAGCAUCUGGACUCCUCAGAGUGUUACUUGAUCAAUUACAGAUCCCAAUAUUUGCUGUGGGCAAAAACUGCUGCGUACAGCUGAAGCACUUUGAACAGUGACACUCAUGGAGCAAGUGAACUUAAAAUGAGGGGUUUUCCUCAUUGUGAAUUUUAAUGUGAUCCCGAAUUUUUAGUCUUUCUGUCAUUUUUUUUUUUUUUGAUCAAGAAGUGUGUUACGCAUUUAAUUUGAUCUGAAGGUAUUGGCAUCAUGGGCUCAUAACAUGAUUGGUUAAAAUCAUAAACAUGCGCCUGCAUAGCAGACCUUUCUAGCAAAUUAGUGAUGCACCAGACAAGCCUUCAGAUGAGAGUGCUUUGUUUCCACCACCUUCAGUGAAGGGGUCAUGUGUGAACUUUGAAAGUAUGUCAACUUCAAAGUAUACUUGGGUUUUUUUUUUGCAGUUCGCACAUGCGUUUGAAUUGUUUUUUGCACUAAAUAGUUUAUCCACAAGAUGUCAACGCUGAACCGGUUGUUUGUGCACACUAUCAAAUGGAGAGUACUUUAAAAGGCUGUUGCUGCGUCCCAAUUCGCAUACUUAUGCUACGCCCUAAAAGUAUGUACUUUUUUUGUAAAGGAAAAAUAUAUACUUUGGAGUGUGUAACAGAAGAGUAUGCAAGCUUUGGGACAUACUACUUCCUUGUUAUCAGAUCGUUGUGUUGCUGAGCCCUGUCAAUCAUCCACACAUCAAACACAUUUCUGUCAUAUUUAAUUUCCUGCCUUAUUGGAGAAGCAGCAGCAGGAUAAUCUGCCAUUCACGAGUCUUUCAUGCAGAGAAAUCUCCUCAGGUCUGAGAUAAUUAUGUAUUCAGGCAUUAAUGUCCAAACACAUCUUUAUAUAAGUCUAGUAUUGUUGUUGCAGAUGAAAUAUAACACAGAAAUGCGAUUUAAAUAUUUUCCAGUUGGCUAGAUGUUAAUUAACAGUCAUACAAACACCUUUACUGAAACCUCUCUACUUGACGGUUGGUCUUGCUUUUCCAUCAUGUUUGUAGUUUAUUUACACUUCACGUGCGUUUGUAGUUCUAAGCGAGUUCACGUCCAAACACAAUGUCCUGUGGGCAAUAUAAGCAGUAAGAGUAUGGACAGUUCUACACUUUUUUUUAUCGGAAAUUGUAAACCAUCCGGGAACCUUUGGCAUACUCUUUUCAACCUACUACGAUUUGGGACAUACUAUUCAAAUACUAUUUAGGAUGGAUAGUAUGCAAAUUGGGACGCAGCAUGUGUGUUCCACACAAGUGUGCCUGAAAAGUGAAGCAAAUACAUUGUGUUCGCCCCCUGGUGGCUGGCUGCAUUAUAGGUCAUAAACAGCACCCUUUUCACAUAAAUGAAAGGGAUGUAAGCAAAGGUUUCAUCAUUUUAGGUAGCAAUUUUCAUGCAGAGGUUUGAUUAAGUGCCAUUUUUUUAUGUUUUAAUUGGGGAUUAGCUAUAAAAUGGGGUGUUGUGUCAAGAUUAUUUGCUUGAGAUUGAAUACUUAGGUGCUGCGUUAAUGCAGUGUCAUCAUUAUUGUAAUUCCAAGAUGACAACAACUCUGUGCUGUUCAUGUCCUCAGUCUAGGAAUUAUCCAUUUCUAUAGCAACAGUCAGCAGCUCAGUCCUGCAUGUCUUUACUUUUGUAUGGAGACAUCUACGUUGGCUGAUUCUGUUAUACAAUUUUUUUUCUUGUCCCUUGGUAAAAGUCAUAGCUCUCAGAAAACACUUCACAAGUUGUAAUUAUGAGAGUUCUCUGAGGCUGUUAAUGCAUUUUACAAGCUGGAAUCUUUUAAUUACUGUAAUUCAGAUAUGACAUGAAUGCACCUUUUGAUACCCAGGCUCCAAAUGAGGUCAUCGUUAUAAGAUGGCAGCGGCCAUACAUGGCACAGCUUGGCUUUAUUAUUCUAUAGUGGAAUGAAGUGGAGAUGCCUCGUCCAUCUUUUUCUAAGUCUGGUUUGACUAUCCAUAGAAAAAACCCAAGUAUACUUCAGGCAGAGAUGAUUUUGCGUUAGGUGUUAACCUAAAGCUAGCGCUUUGGGUAACCUUGUCCAUUUUGUUGUGUAGAUGUGCUUGAUUAAAUUGCACUGCACUGGACAGGUUGAGUGUUUGUGAUUGCCAUUGGUCUCAUGCACGGUCGACCAUGUUUGUAUACUUUUGACAGGAACUAAGUAUGGAAUUUUUAAAAAGACAAAGGUACUUACCCUUUAUUAUGAAUAGCACUUGUUUUUACAACCCGGUGGCAUAAAAAGGUAAACAGCAUUGGAAAUUUGUCAGUGACAAAUGUUAGUAGCAAAUACUGCCAUUUCAUUUCUUGAACUUGAUGGCUACUGUUUGAAUUUUGCUUAGCAAAGGCAUUUUGUAACGAAUAUUUUUGCAUAAUAAACCGAAUGAAGUUUGCAAACGUAUA